AUGUCCUUCUGGCCAAGCGUCGGUCAGCCAAAUUGGAAGCAGGUCGCGUUUGCGAUUGGGGGUCAUGCAGAGAUUAGGGACGUGAAGAGUCCCACACAGGGAGUGAAGGGCUCCAGGACAAAGGAAAGUGUGCGGAGCGUAUCUUAUAGCUCCUCAGGCAGACAAAGUGCCGACUCCUCUGAUCUCUUCCCUUCUCGGGAUGUACGACGUUCUGUUGACAAACAUUACGGCUUCAUUGGCUCGAAUAGGAUCGAGUAUUUCUCGCACAUCCAAGACGCAGCCACUCACCGCGCAACAGAGGCGUUCUGCACGUUAACGCACAGUACUCAGGUGACCUUCGGGCUGCAGUCGACUUAA